AUGGCCCAGCCUCUUGAGCCUCUGGCGCAGCCCCCGGCGUCUCCCGUAUUUUCUCCUCUGUGCUGUUGGUCUGGUAUCUUGGACCGCGUCCCCCGCCGGGUGAUUCUGCCUGGAGAUUUCCACUGGGAUGGCAGUAACGUCCACAGUCCCCCCGAUUGGGGGUGUGGUCUGUGUUUGGCAGGGGGUGUGGUCUGUGUGUGGCAGGGGGUGUGGUCUGUGUUUGGCAGGGGGUGUGGCCUGUGUUUGACAGGGGGUGUGGUCUGUGUGUGGCAGGGGGUGUGGCCUGUGUUUGACAGGGGGUGUGGUCUGUGUGUGGCAGGGGGUGUGGCCUGUGUUUGGCAGGGGGUGUGGUCUGUGUGUGGCAGGGGGUGUGGCCUGUGUUUGGCAGGGGGUGUGGUCUGUGUGAGUUAUGAAGAAAUGUUCAGGAAGCGCAGAGCUCCACCCCCUCACAGACAAAGAGGAGGAGGUGCAGGCCCUCACAGAGAGGAGGAGGUGCAGGCCCUCAAAGACAGAGAGGAGGAGGUGCAGGCCCUCACAGACAAAGAGGAGGAGGUGCAGGCCCUCACAGAGAGGAGGAGGUGCAGGCCCUCAAAGACAGAGAGGAGGAGGUGCAGGCCCUCACAGACAAACAGGAGGAGGUGCAGGUCCUCACAGACAGAGAGGAGGAGGUGCAGGCCCUCAGAGACAGAGAGGAGGAGGUGCAGGCCCUCACAGAGAGAGGAGGAGGUGCAGGCCCUCACAGACAGAGAGGAGGAGGUGCAGGCCCUCAAAGACAGAGAGGAGGAGGUGCAGGCCCUCACAGACAAACAGGAGGAGGUGCAGGUCCUCACAGACAGAGAGGAGGAGGUGCAGGCCCUCAGAGACAGAGAGGAGGAGGUGCAGGCCCUCACAGACAAACAGGAGGAGGUGCAGGCCCUCACAGACAAACAGGAGGAGGUGCAGGCCCUCACAGACAAACAGGAGGAGGUGCAGGUCCUCACAGACAGAGAGGAGGAGGUGCAGGCCCUCAGAGACAGAGAGGAGGAGGUGCAGGCCCUCAGAGACAGAGAGGAGGAGGUGCAGGCCCUCACAGACAGAGAGGAGGAGGUGCAGGUCCUCACAGACAGAGAGGAGGAGGUGCAGAUCCUCACAGACAGAGAGGAGGAGGUGCAGACCCUCACAGACAGAGAGGAGGAGGUGCAGACCCUCACAGACAGAGAGGAGGAGGUGCAGGCCCUCACAGACAAAGAGGAGGAGGUGCAGGCGAUCACAGACAGAGAGGAGGAGGUGCAGGUGAUCACAGACAAAGAGGAGGAGGUGCAGACCCUCACAGACAGAGAGGAGGAGGUGCAGGUGAUCACAGACAAAGAGGAGGAGGUGCAGACCCUCACAGACAGAGAAGAGGAGGUGCAGGUGAUCACAGACAAAGAGGAGGAGGUGCAGGCCCUCACAGACAAAGAGGAGGAGGUGCAGGCGAUCACAGACAAAGAGGAGGAGGUGCAGACCCUCACAGACAGAGAGGAGGAGGUGCAGGUGAUCACAGACAAAGAGGAGGAGGUGCAGGUCCUCACAGACAGAGAGGAGGAGGUGCAGGCCCUCAGAGACAGAGAGGAGGAGGUGCAGGCCCUCAGAGACAUAGAGGAGGAGGUGCAGGCCCUCACAGACAGAGAGGAGGAGGUGCAGGUCCUCACAGACAGAGAGGAGGAGGUGCAGGCCCUCACAGACAGAGAGGAGGAGGUGCAGGUCCUCACAGACAGAGAGGAGGAGGUGCAGGUCCUCACAGACAGAGAGGAGGAGGUGCAGGCCCUCAGAGACAGAGAGGAGGAGGUGCAGGCCCUCACAGACAAACAGGAGGAGGUGCAGGUCCUCACAGACAGAGAGGAGGAGGUGCAGGCCCUCAGAGACAGAGAAGGAGGAGGUGCAGGCCCUCACAGAGAGGAGGAGGUGCAGGCCCUCACAGACAGAGAGGAGGAGGUGCAGGCCCUCAAAGACAGAGAGGAGGAGGUGCAGGCCCUCACAGACAAACAGGAGGAGGUGCAGGUCCUCACAGACAGAGAGGAGGAGGUGCAGGCCCUCAGAGACAGAGAGGAGGAGGUGCAGGCCCUCACAGACAAACAGGAGGAGGUGCAGGCCCUCACAGACAAACAGGAGGAGGUGCAGGCCCUCACAGACAAACAGGAGGAGGUGCAGGUCCUCACAGACAGAGAGGAGGAGGUGCAGGCCCUCAGAGACAGAGAGGAGGAGGUGCAGGCCCUCAGAGACAGAGAGGAGGAGGUGCAGGCCCUCACAGACAGAGAGGAGGAGGUGCAGGUCCUCACAGACAGAGAGGAGGAGGUGCAGAUCCUCACAGACAGAGAGGAGGAGGUGCAGACCCUCACAGACAGAGAGGAGGAGGUGCAGACCCUCACAGACAGAGAGGAGGAGGUGCAGGCCCUCACAGACAAAGAGGAGGAGGUGCAGGCGAUCACAGACAGAGAGGAGGAGGUGCAGGUGAUCACAGACAAAGAGGAGGAGGUGCAGACCCUCACAGACAGAGAGGAGGAGGUGCAGGUGAUCACAGACAAAGAGGAGGAGGUGCAGACCCUCACAGACAGAGAAGAGGAGGUGCAGGUGAUCACAGACAAAGAGGAGGAGGUGCAGGCCCUCACAGACAAAGAGGAGGAGGUGCAGGCGAUCACAGACAAAGAGGAGGAGGUGCAGACCCUCACAGACAGAGAGGAGGAGGUGCAGGUGAUCACAGACAAAGAGGAGGAGGUGCAGGUCCUCACAGACAGAGAGGAGGAGGUGCAGGCCCUCAGAGACAGAGAGGAGGAGGUGCAGGCCCUCAGAGACAUAGAGGAGGAGGUGCAGGCCCUCACAGACAGAGAGGAGGAGGUGCAGGUCCUCACAGACAGAGAGGAGGAGGUGCAGGCCCUCACAGACAGAGAGGAGGAGGUGCAGGUCCUCACAGACAGAGAGGAGGAGGUGCAGGUCCUCACAGACAGAGAGGAGGAGGUGCAGGCCCUCAGAGACAGAGAGGAGGAGGUGCAGGCCCUCACAGACAAACAGGAGGAGGUGCAGGUCCUCACAGACAGAGAGGAGGAGGUGCAGGCCCUCACAGAGAGGAGGAGACAGAGAGGAGGAGGUGCAGGCCCUCAGAGACAGAGAGGAGGAGGUGCAGGCCCUCACAGAGAGGAGGAGGUGCAGGCCCUCACAGACAGAGAGGAGGAGGUGCAGGCCCUCAAAGACAGAGAGGAGGAGGUGCAGGCCCUCACAGACAAACAGGAGGAGGUGCAGGUCCUCACAGACAGAGAGGAGGAGGUGCAGGCCCUCAGAGACAGAGAGGAGGAGGUGCAGGCCCUCACAGACAAACAGGAGGAGGUGCAGGCCCUCACAGACAAACAGGAGGAGGUGCAGGUCCUCACAGACAGAGAGGAGGAGGUGCAGGCCCUCAGAGACAGAGAGGAGGAGGUGCAGGCCCUCACAGACAGAGAGGAGGAGGUGCAGGUCCUCACAGACAGAGAGGAGGAGGUGCAGAUCCUCACAGACAGAGAGGAGGAGGUGCAGACCCUCACAGACAGAGAGGAGGAGGUGCAGACCCUCACAGACAGAGAGGAGGAGGUGCAGGCCCUCACAGACAAAGAGGAGGAGGUGCAGGCGAUCACAGACAAAGAGGAGGAGGUGCAGGCGAUCACAGACAGAGAGGAGGAGGUGCAGGUGAUCACAGACAAAGAGGAGGAGGUGCAGACCCUCACAGACAGAGAGGAGGAGGUGCAGGUGAUCACAGACAAAAAGGAGGAGGUGCAGACCCUCACAGACAGAGAGGAGGAGGUGCAGGUGAUCACAGACAAAGAGGAGGAGGUGCAGAACCUCACAGACAAAGAGGAGGAGGUGCAGGCGAUCACAGACAAAGAGGAGGAGGUGCAGACCCUCACAGACAGAGAGGAGGAGGUGCAGGUGAUCACAGACAAAGAGGAGGAGGUGCAGGUCCUCACAGACAGAGAGGAGGAGGUGCAGGCCCUCAGAGACAGAGAGGAGGAGGUGCAGGCCCUCAGAGACAUAGAGGAGGAGGUGCAGGCCCUCACAGACAGAGAGGAGGAGGUGCAGGUCCUCACAGACAGAGAGGAGGAGGUGCAGGCCCUCACAGACAGAGAGGAGGAGGUGCAGGUCCUCACAGACAGAGAGGAGGAGGUGCAGGUCCUCACAGACAGAGAGGAGGAGGUGCAGGCCCUCAGAGACAGAGAGGAGGAGGUGCAGGCCCUCACAGACAAACAGGAGGAGGUGCAGGUCCUCACAGACAGAGAGGAGGAGGUGCAGACCCUCACAGACAGAGAGGAGGAGGUGCAGACCCUCACAGACAGAGAGGAGGAGGUGCAGGUCCUCACAGACAGAGAGGAGGAGGUGCAGGCCCUCAGAGACAGAGAGGAGGAGGUGCAGGCCCUCACAGACAAACAGGAGGAGGUGCAGGUCCUCACAGACAGAGAGGAGGAGGUGCAGGUCCUCACAGACAGAGAGGAGGAGGUGCAGACCCUCACAGACAGAGAGGAGGAGGUGCAGGCCCUCACAGACAAAGAGGAGGAGGUGCAGGCGAUCACAGACAAAGAGGAGGAGGUGCAGGCGAUCACAGACAGAGAGGAGGAGGUGCAGACCCUCACAGACAGAGAGGAGGAGGUGCAGGUGAUCACAGACAAAGAGGAGGAGGUGCAGACCCUCACAGACAGAGAGGAGGAGGUGCAGGCGAUCACAGACAGAGAGGAGGAGGUGCAGGUGAUCACAGACAGAGAGGAAGAGGUGCAGGCGAUCACAGACAGAGAGGAGGAGGUGCAGGUGAUCACGGACAGAGAGGAAGAGGUGCAGGCGAUCACAGACAGAGAGGAGGAGGUGCAGGUGAUCACAGACAGAGAGGAGGAGGUGCAGGUGAUCACAGACAGAGAGGAGGAGGUGCAGGUGAUCACAGACAGGGGAUCUGAACUAUUUUCUUACAGAGUGUAUUCCUUCUGCAUUUUGUUUCUCAAAAAGAUUGACUUUAAAACUGUUGAUACAUCCCAGCUGUCUCAGAGCAUCAGAACACACUGUUCCUCACAGAGUCCCUCACAGAGUCCUUGUCUUCAUGUCCAGGUCCAAACUCCACUCACUGCCAACAAACCGAUCGAGGCGAUAGAAGGAGACCUGGACAGAGACCUGGACAGAGACCUGGACAGAGACCCGGACAGAGACCUGGACAGAGACCUGGAUAGAGACCUGGACACAGACCUGGACACCGACCUGGAAACCGACCUGGACACAGACCUAGACACAGACCUAGACACAGACCUGGACAGAGAACUGGACAGAGAACUGGACACAGACCUAGACACAGACCUGGACAGAGAACUGGACAGAGUCCUGGACACAGACCUGGACACAGACCUGGACACCGACCUGGACACAGACCUAGAUACAGACCUGGACAGAGACCUGGACAGAGACCUGGACAGAGACCUGGACAGAGACCUGGACAGAGACCUGGACACAGACCUGGACACAGACCUGGACACCGACCUGGACACAGACCUAGAUACAGACCUGGACAGAGACCUGGACAGAGACCUGGACAGAGACCUGGACAGAGACCUGGACACAGACCUGGACACAGACUUGGACACAGACCUGGACACAGACCUGGACACCGACCUGGACACAGACUUGGACACAGACCUGGACACAGACCUGGACACCGACCUGGACACAGACCUAGACACAGACCUGGACACAGACCUGGACACCGACCUGGACACAGACCUAGACACAGACCUGGACACAGACCUGGACACAGACCUGGACACCGACCUGGACACAGACCUAGAUACAGACCUGGACAGAGACCUGGACAGAGACCUGGACAGAGACCUGGACAGAGACCUGGACAGAGACCUGGACACAGACCUGGACACAGACUUGGACACAGACCUGGACACAGACCUGGACACCGACCUGGACACAGACUUGGACGCAGACCUGGACACAGACCUGGACACCGACCUGGACACAGACCUAGACACAGACCUGGACACAGACCUGGACACCGACCUGGACACAGACCUAGACACAGACCUGGAUAGAGACCUGGACAGAGAACUGGACAGAGACCUAGACACAGACCUGGACAGAGACCCGGACAGAGACCUGGAUAGAGACCUGGACAGAGACCUGGACAGAGACCUUACUUGA